UUUCAUUUUUUAAUCACGAUCACGAGUUUGUUUUGAUUUAGGUGCAAAGUUCUAAAAUAAUUUGCAUAUAAGUCAAGUGAUAAAGUACUAUAAAUUUGCGUUAGAACCAGACGUAUAGCUUGAAGUUAAACCACUAUAAAAGUGACAAUGUUAAAAUUUCUGCUCCUGUCUAUGUUAAUAUGGACAGUGCAAUCUUCAAGAAUCUUAGGAAUCUUCCCUACACCUGUUUCGGAUAAUAUCAUGAUCGGAUCAAGACUAAUGACAGAGUUAGCAAGAAAAGGACACCAUGUUACAUUUGUUACUGUGGCAGAUUUGAUACCACAGCCGAAUGAGAAUGUAACAUACGUCAAUAUCGAUAAUGAAUGGGAAAUUGGAAUAAAAAUAAACGUAAGUUUCGCAGACAGAACCCGUAUGGGCUUCAUCCGUAGAACGGCCUGGUAUUUCAGCUUAGGCUACGACGUUACUGAUAUGCUGUUUUCAGACAAAGCUUUUCAGUCGAUUAUAAAAUCCGGCGAAAAAUUUGAUCUGGUGAUAGCAGAAUAUUUAGCUAACGAAGCUAUUGUUGGAGUGGCUAAAGUAUUCGAAGCUCCUAUAAUUUUGGUAUCUCCCACACCAUCUUCGACGCUGAUGACCGAUUUGUUUGCUGCUCCAGCACCACCGUCCUACGUACCCAAUCCGCUUACAGCUCACACUAGCGACAUGAGUUAUUUCGAACGAAUAAAUAAUUUCAUGUGCAACAUAUUUGUUGAGAGGUAUCAAUAUAUUCUAGCCCUACCUUGGCAACAGGACUUACUCAACAAAUUUAUAGAUCCCAAACUUAGUCUUAGCGAUCUCGUUGAGAAUAUAAGUCUAAUAUUGUUGAAUUCGCAUCCAAUUGUCACCGAAGCUGUACCACUUACACCUAAUAUGAUAGAAGUUGGAGGUAUGCACAUAUCGUUUCCUAAGAGAGUACCGAACCAAGCAGAAGGUUUUAUUAACAAUGCUCCCGAUGGAGCAAUCUAUGUUACACUAGAUCCCAAUUUGAAUCAUUUUAAUUAUUUGGGACCCGACAGAGUGGCGAGAAUCUUGGAUAUAUUUGGCCGUUUUAAACAAAGAUUUGUAUGGAAUUUACCAGAACCGCCAAAAGAGUAUGACGAAGAUAAGUUUAUGUUUGUGAAAGAUGUUGUUCAUCAGGAUUUUCUUGGACACUACAAUAUAAUAGGUAGCAUAUUAGACGGUAAUUUGUUAAGGAUAAUGGAGGCUGUCCAGUUCGGAAUACCAUUUGUUGGAGUACCAUUAUUGACCGAACACAAACCGAAUAUUGCAAGAGCCGUUCGUGAUGGAUACGGUAUUGAGGUCAGUUUGGAAGAUAUAGAUGGAGAAAAUAUGUUUAAAGCUCUAACGGAAAUCGUAGAAAAUCCUCUGUAUAAAGCGUACGCCGAAGCUGCAGGUUUGUUUUUCAUCGAUCAUCAAGUAUCUCCAAUCGAUAAAGCUGUUUACUGGGCUGAAUAUGUCCUUAGACAUCGAGGAGCUAGACAUUUACAGUCCCCUGGAGUCCAACUGCCUUUAUUCAAAAGACGUCUUAUAGACGUUGUUAUUUUGUUGACAAUAAUAGACAUAAUUCUGUUCUUAAUAUUCUAUUACAUAUUCAAACGCCUUUUGCGCUGCGCAAUAAAUACUUUAAGGAAGAGGAAUGUGGGGAAAUAUGACACUUUAGACGACAGUUGUGAAGAGAGUCAGGAAGGUAGCGUCAAGGGUUUGUAUGUAGGCGUGAAAGAUGGUUAAGCCCACUAACUGUGUGAUCUUACGUUAUGUAGGUUUUAAUUUUUUAUUGUAUUCCUUUUUUUAUAUAGAUAUAUACACUGUCUAAGAAGUCUAAGAAAUAAACAUGGUAAUAGUUCACAUAAUAUUGAAUAAUACGAUUUGUAUUGGGAGGGAUAGAAUGCAUGUUUAUGUCGAUAACAUCGCUACAUUACGUUUUUUACAGUCAUUAACGAAAGGAGCGUAUAUAAAAUCUAGAGCUGUUCUGUUAAAUUUAUCGAAUAUCGUUAAAUUAAGUAGAUACUAUUUUAUUGGGAAUAAACCACAAUUAAAGGUUAAAAUAAGUUUAUUGACGUUUCAAUUUCCACUUCGGAGAACGAUUAACGAAGUGGAGAAUGAAACGUCAAUAAACUUAUUUUAACCUAAUUGUGGCUUAUUCCCAGUAAAAAAGUAUCUACUUAAAAAUGCCACAAGAAAAUAGCUUCAGAACAAAAUUGUUAUAUUAAUAUUGAAAAAUCCUAAUCAGUAGUUUAUGGGAAGGUUAGAUCGUAAACAAAUGGUCAUUGUAUAUUGCUUUGGGUAAUCUAUUAGUACUGUUUUUACACGUUGGAGAAAUUAGUAGGCAAAAUAUUUUCAAAUAUAAAUAUGCCUUGUUAAUAUUACUAUUACUACGCUGAAACUACAUGAGAACACGAAUCACAUCCCAAUCAGCAGAGGAGUCCGAGAGGGUGAUACCUUAUCGCCUAAACUGUUUACCGCAUUACUAAAAUAUGCUUGUAAAAAACUUAACUGGAAAGAGAAAAGCCUGAAUAUUGACGGUAGUAUUGAUAGUUUUGUUCUCGGACAACCUCAAGGACAUAUGUACAAUGCUACAUGAACUUCAGUUAGUGUGUGCCUGUAUGGGUCUUAAAAUAAUCAUCUCCAAAACAAAAUUCAUGACAAACCUAGUACCUAGCGAAAAUAUCAAUAUUGGAUACAACGAAGUAGAGCUGGUGGAAAAAUACAUAUACCUUGGACAUGAAAUAAAGAUCACAAGAGACAACCAAACAUGUGAGCUACGAAGAAGAAUAAACCUAGCAUGGACAGCCUAUGGAAAACUCAAAGAUAUCUUUAAAAGCGAUAUACCAAUUUCUUAAAACGUAAAACAUUUGACCAACGUGUAUUGUCUGUGAUGACCUAUGGUGCCGAAAGGAAAAUGGAAAGGUCAAUGCUUUAACAAGGAGUAUAUCGCUUCGAGACCGAGUUAGAAAUGAAGAUUUAAGACGAAGAACAGGAACUACUGAUAUAAUUUCCCGAAUUGCCACAUUCAAAUGGAACUGGGCUGGACGAGUCGCCCGAAUCAAUGACGAAAGGUGGACUAAGAGAUUGCUUGAGUGGAGGCCGAGUAGACAAAAAAAAAGUAGAGGAAGACUCCCCACUCGUUGGACUGACUAUCUCAAGAAAAUGACAAGAAAUUGGAUAACAAGUGCUCAAGAUAGAGCACAAUGGACAAAAAUGAGGGAGGCCUAUGUCCAGCAGUGGACGCAAAGGGCUGGGUGAUGAUGAUGAAUACUACUAUAUCAACAGCAAGGGUAAUUAUAAUAACCCUUUUAUUAUAACAUGUAUUUUACAACAGAUGAUAAUCUUUUAGCUAUUCUAAUUUUUUCUACAGCGGCACGAGUACUUUAACGUGUUAUGAUAAUUACUGGCAACUCAGUACGCUUUUCUAAUUGCAUGGCACCUAAAUUUGAGUUUUACUGACUACUAAAUUAAAAACUUUAAAAAUUCCAAAAUAUAUCCAAAACAUUUUGCCCAAAAAAAUGGUACGGUUUUUUCCCACCAAUCUUCAUAAUAUAUUUAUUUCUUGGACUUCCAACAUAUAUAUAUAUAUAUAUAUAUAUAUAAUAUUAUAUA